CAGUUUUGUUUACACGUGUGAUCUGAAGAUGGAGCAGGCGCUGGCGGACUCUUUACUUUCUCAUUGCAAGGAUCAUGCUGCCCUUAUUAAUGAGCUCAGUUCAUGCAUGUCUGCUAGUGCAACACAGAGCCUGGAAAUCACGCGUUUGUUGCUAGGCAGGCUAGCAAAUAGCGGGGACUAUCAAGAACCAUUGAUUUCUGCAGUUACACAUCUGGCUAUUAAGCGAUGCCUCCCACUCCUAUCAACUUUACGAGACCACAACAACCUGCUCCGCAUGCCCGGCGAGUUGACACGCGUGAUCAGAGCUGUCUGUGGACUCUUACGUCACUGCGCAGAAAUAGGUGGACAGGGGGUUGCAGCUGCUAUCAGUCAUGCUGCACUUGCGAGUUUGGAACUUCAUUGGCCACGUGCACGAUGGGAGGGGCAUCGAGUUGAGAGAAGCGCGGGGGCGGAUCCUGUAAACAAUGGACUAAUUGCAGUUAACGAUAAUUUGAUUGAAAGUUCUGCAGAACUCUAUGUGGAGGACGCUGUUGAAGUGCUUGGGGCUGUAGUUCCAGCACUUCUACGUUCAGAUUCAGAGGGCAGUGCUGCUAAGGUGGAUCAGGUGGUAGAAGCAGCAGUGUCAGUGCUGAGAGAAGGCACAGAUGAGGCAGCUAACUUGGUGUGUGGAAGGCUGCUGCCAUGUUUAGGGGAACACAACAGGACCUUGAAGCUUCUUUGGGUGCAUAUAAUGGAACCCAAAAGUAGUACUGAGAUCUGCUUGAGCCGCAGACUGUUGGUAUUAAGCACCCUAGCUGACCAUUUGUUUUCACUUAGUGCUGCAGAUCUACCUACUGACUCUUGGUGCACAAAUAGUUUCUGGAGAACUGUGCGGGAUGGUUUGAGUUGGUCAGACAGCCUGGCCCGAAAAAGAGCUGUGUACUUGUUGAAGAGGGCUGUGGAUGUGUGUCAUGGGAGAGGGCAGCAGCUUUCAUGUGUUACAGAAAAAAAUGGGAAUGGAGAACCAGCUUUAUUCUUUUGGUCAGCCCAAGAAAAUGAAACACUUUUGCAGUUUUGGGAAACAUUUAUAUUGGUUGUGGAAACAUUAGAAGGAAAUCAGGUACAUGUCAUUAAACCUGUUUUGCCAAAAGUUAAUUUUCUUUUUGAAACUGCACUUUCUGAAAAUAAAGACUGCUGGGUUAUUAACCCUUCGUGGCAUCUCUGCAUCUACAAAAGAAUGUUUGAAAGUGAAAACAAAAACCUUGCAAAAGAAGGCAUCCUCCAUUUUUUUGAGAUGUAUAGUGAACCGUGUCUUCCAAGAUCAGAGGCCUUUUCAGAGUUUAUAAUUGGACCCCUUAUGGAUGCACUGUCUGAAAGUUCCAUGUUUAGCAGGUCACCAGGCCAGUUGAGUGGAGAAUGUCCUCUUCUUGGAACAAAGUUUCAGACUUUUUUGGCUACUUUUGUGACUUCACUUUCAGAGGAAACUAGAGGAGAGUUCCUAUUACAGUUCAUUAAAAAAAUGACCAGCAGGCACUGGUGCUCAAUCCCCAUAUUGUUUAUAUCAAAGGCAUUGGCAAAUAUUCCAACAAGUAAAGCAUGGGGAGUGGAAGGACUUCAUCUUCUAAGAGAAGUAGUUCAGUGCACUAUGGCUACACAUCAAAUUUUCAUCCGAGGAGCUGCUCAGUGCUUCCUGCUUCAAGCUGCUAUGAAUUUAGUAGAUGUUGAGAGAGUGUCAUUUGCAGAUGUAUCAAGUUUUCUUAUGUGCCUAAAAUCAGAGGAAUCCUUGUGCAGAGGAAGUAUGCUAUGGAAAGAGUUGUGUUCCUGGCUUUAUAAAAAUGACAACUCUUUCAAAAAACCAUCUUCUGAAUUUAUGGAAAAAGAUGGAAGAUCUUCAUUGAAUCUCUAUGUUUAUUCUUUGAUUGACAGUUACCUUAAAGUUCCUGCUUCGAAAGGGGGAAAUGAGCUCAUGCCAGACUGGUUUGAAUCGAAACUUGUUUCCACCAUGAUUCUUUUGGCUGCUGAUAUAGAGCUCAUGAGGAAAACAGACACUGACAUAGCAGAGCACGAUGAACUACGUACUUUUCUGAGCCCUCUCCUGGAUACUUUGUCCAAGCUCAGUACGAAUGCAUACAUGCCCACUCUGAAAACAGACAAGAGUCUACAGCUGCUCUUGAAAUUACUACAAACAUGUUCAUCUCAAUCCUCUUCAGAUGAUGCAGAUGGGCUAUUAGCUUUUCUCUGGAAUUUAGUUCUUACAACUGCUACAAGCAUCUUGGACUUUAUUUUAAGAAGAAUAGGUGGUGAGCUUAAAACUAUAUCAGAUGUAGAUCGAUGUGAUUUGUAUCUUGCCCUAGUGUCAGAAUUUGUGAGACUGACCCUAAGGUUUGGAUGGAAACAACCUACAUUAAUAUGGAAAUUCAUAUAUAAUAUUAUUAAGGUUGCAAUCCAGACUCUUCUGGACAGGAAUAACAAGCAAGCUCCUGAACUUGAUGAUCAAAUCCAAAAAGUAGUGAGCAUGGCCUCUCUGGCUUCAGUUUGUGAAAUACUAUCUAGUUGUCAAGAAUAUCAACUUGAUGCCCAUGAAUAUACUAAUAUGCUCAUCAAAUAUUUGUCAUCUGUGUCUCUUAAUAACACCCUUAUUAAACCAUCGAUUAAUGAACAAAGCUCACUGGAGGAAACCACUUCUUCUCGGGGAUGGGGUAAAAUAGUUGCACGUUACCUACAUGACCAGUGGGUGUGCUUGCAUUAUGUCCUUUACCAAUGUCACUGUUUACAAACAUCAGACACUGACACCCCUGAGCCAUUACUCUUUCAGACACCUGCAGCAGCACUGCAAUUGGCACUUGAUGCUCUUUCUAUUCUACCCUCUGAUCAGGCAGUACCUAUUUUCCAUUGUAUGAAGCUUCUUGUACCUAAGGUAAUGAAUUCCUCCCAAGAUUUGUGUACAGAAUCCAUAAACAUGGCUUGGAAUAUUAUUUCAUCUUUGUGCUCUACACAGUUUGUUUUCUGGCCAAAUUUAAAAGCUUUUGUGGAGUUUGUAUUCAGUAAUGAAGUCUUGUCAGUUGCUGCUUCCACUAAGGGUGAGGUGUAUCAAAGAAUAAAAGAGAUCAUACACCAGAUUGUUGAUAUGGCCAACUCGAAGACAGGCGUUUUUAACAUUUUGAUAUCGUAUUGUUGUGAAUCAUGGACAAAUCGCUCAAAAACCUCUGUCACAAAGGACUCAUUGCUUAAUGCAAAUAAUUAUAUUGACAUCAUCAUAGAGGCAUGCAUAUUUGGAACUGUGUUUAGACGGGAUCAAAGGAUUAUUCAAGAUACACAUGCAUUUAUCGAGAGUCUGGGUCAAGAUUGUGCAGCAAAUGUGGCUGUCAAAAGCAUAAACAAAGAUGAACACUAUGUGAGAGUCUGUGCUGUUAAAUUCCUUUGUUUGUUGGACGGAUCAAACUCUGAUCACAAGGAAUUUCUACAAGACGUUACUGUUAAGCUGCUAGACAAGGAUGUUCUUGUCUCAAAGUCAAAAGCGAGAUACUAUGGAAACUCACUGCAACAUCGAGUCAAGAACAGGUUGUGGCAAACUCUUUUGCUGCUUAUUCCAAAGCUUGAUCAGAACUUUUUGUCUGAAAUCAUUGAAAGGAUUUUUCAAGCUGGAUUUGGUAAUAAUCAAGCAUCUGUGAAAUAUUUAAUGGAGUGGCUUAUUAUACUGAUUCUCCAUACUUAUCCAGAGUUCCUUCCAAAAUUCUGGGACUGUUUUAGCAAUACCGAAGAAAAGCUUAAAACCAGCAUUUGCACGUUUUUGUCUGUGUUGCCUCAUUUUGAUGUGGUGAUUGAAAAGGUUCCAGAAAAGGUUCCUGUUCUGAAGAAAGCUCUAGUGACUGUUCUACAAUGGUGUUUCAAUCACAACUUCAGUGUACGACUUUAUGCAUUAAUUGCAUUGAAGAAACUUUGGUCUAUGUGCAAACAACAAUAUAUUGAAGAGUUUGAGGCUUUGUCCCCAGUUAUUGAAUCUAGUCUUCAUCAGGUGGAAACUAUACAAGGUGUUGGUAACGCAAAGAAAAACUGGAUUCGAAUACAGGAUCAUUUCUUCUUUUCUACUUUUCAUGCUUUAAAGGACUACAGUAUAGAGACUAUUUUUUACACUCUUCCAAGCCUGUCAGAGUUGAUUGAGGAUGAGUGGAUUCCUUCCUACAAAUUUUCCAACUAUGUAAACAUUUCUGGGAAUUCAUCAGUUCCACUGAGCAACUCCAGAAGUAUGAUUUGUAAUCUAAAGACAAGUGAUUGGUUGCAACAAGACCUAGAUUCAGGAGAAGCAGAUCAUCAGCCUGGAUGGUUGGAUAUCCAGAAAAAAAUAAUACCGUGGAAGAAUAGCAUUCCUGAUUUGGAUUUAGAAAUGGUUCUUCAGUACCGUGCAUCUAAACUUGGGAAAUCGAAUGGAAGUUUGAUUGUUGUAGCAUCUCUCAUUGAUAAACCAACCAACUUAGGAGGUUUAUGUCGAACAAGUGAAAUAUUUGGUGUUUCUGCAUUGGUUGUAGACAGCCUCCACCAUGUGAAUGAUAAACAGUUUCAGUAUCUAAGCGUGACUGCUGAACAGUGGCUUCCUCUAAUAGAGGUGAAGCCACGUCAACUUCUUGAAUAUUUACAACUGAAAAAGACGGAAGGGUACACAAUUAUAGGAGUGGAACAAACUGCGAAAAGUUCUGAUCUUGCGGAGUAUAGUUUUCCAGAAAAGUCACUUCUGUUACUUGGAAAUGAGCGUGAAGGAAUCCCUGCUAACCUGAUCCAGCAUCUAGAUGUUUGCGUUGAAAUUCCACAACAAGGUAUCAUCCGAUCACUAAACGUCCAUGUGAGUGGUGCUGUCCUGAUUUGGGAAUACACAAGACAACACAUCACGAAACAAAAAGAUGGAAAAUAGCCAGUUUUGGCUAAGCGUGCUACAGAUUGCCUCUGCUGCUGCUUUUAUUAUGACAUUUUCUACUUAACACAUCUUAGUUGACCAAUGUGCCGAUGUAUUUUUAACUUUUAUUUCAAACAUUAGCAUUUUUCUACAAUAAAGAUUUCAAUAAAGGCA